AUGGCCGAGUCGGACCUCCCGGCUGAUAUCUUCAACAGCCGCUACUUCGGCCGACAAUCCUCACCUGCACCUGGCGCCGAUAGGGAAUUCCCUCUAUUCGCACAGUUGCCUCGCGAGCUUCGGCUUCAGAUCUGGGCGUGGCACCUUCCCCGCCGCCGCUUCCUCCGCAUACUCCUGGAAGAAGGCGUAGAAGCUCAGCACGACGGGUCCGAGCCAGAGCCAGAGGCUUUGUACCUGGAAUCGUCAUCACAUUCAGGGAGCGGCCCCUGCCAUAAAUUGGGUGACGGUGAUGAAUGGGCCUCCAUAUUCGCGGAAGGUCCAGGAAAGCCCGAUAUGGAGGUGAUGAGAGAGCCCGGCGGACCGUCUGAGACUGAGACAUUGCCGUCUUCAGGCCCAACGGCGCCGCUUCUGCGAGUGACAUUCCUCGGCGCUCCGUCACCGGCAAUGCCGGCUCUACGGCUGGUUUGUCGAGAGGCUCGCGAUGCUCAUAACUCGGUAUAUUCUAUCCAGCUGCCGGUGCUUGCGCGCAUACCGUGGGGGAACGGCGCGCGAGACUACACAACAACCCGGAUCGUAGCACACCUAAACCCCGAGCUCGACAUCCUCUCCCUCCAGACGCCGAACCCGAUCGAAAUUGCCACCCUCAACCUCCUCCCCUUCUUCCUGCACCAUCUGCUCCAGCACGACCUCUCCCCCAGCCCACUGCGCUUCGGCGUCCGCCAUCUCUGCGUGGACCUCAGGCACCUCGGCAGCGACUACCACCACGGCGCAGACGAGGCCAGGCUCGAGGGCCCCGCCCCGCUCGCGCCCCAUGUGCUCGCCUCCGUCCGUCUGGCUGUGUCCCACCUGCGCGGCCUCUACUUGCGGCUCACCACCGCCAGUCACCUCGAGCCGCGCGUCAUGAGUGGGCCGUUCGCAAGCACGAGGUCGCUACCCUGGUACAACGCCAGCGUCCCGGUCCUCCCCGGUGUCUCGUGGGGGUUCCUGGGCACGGUGGAGCCCGUUCCUGGCGGCGAUCCGCGGCUCGCCCACCCUGAGGGCGCAGCGGACCUUCGCCAGGUCUGGAUCGGGAACCAGCUUCGCCCCUCGCUCGACGUCUGGGCCGGGCUCGAGCGCGCGUGGGGCGUGCCAACCGGCGAAGCCGGGACUCGCGUGCGCGCCCUGGUCGGGCUGGACGCCGAGGGCUGGGCGGACCGAAAAGACCGUAGCCUCGGCGGAAGCAGCCUCGGGGCCUACCUGCGUGAGGAGCGUGCCGCGUGGCAGUCCCUGAUGGACCCGGCGCUGGAGAUGGGCGCGGUCCUGCGCGAGUGCUUCCAGACAGCCCAGCAAACCUUUCUCCCCGGCCCAGGCGGCGGCCGCCCGCCGGCUGUGGCCCCGGAGGAGUGGAUCUCCCGGCGGGAGCCGUACACGGUCGUCGGGUUCUGGCUGAUCAACCCAGAGGUGCUGGAGGCUGCCGAGACCACCGGGUACGUCGGGAAGAAGAUCGUCAAUCUUUCCGAGAGGGAGGUGGAGGAUAUCGAGCUCUGGGUCUUCGGAGGGCACCCGUAA